AUAACUUACACACUAACUAAAACAAUGAAACCCUAAAAGUUCAGCUUUCAUCUUCUCACUCGAACCCUCUCGAACCCUAAAAGCUAACGCGCUGUCAGCUUCAUCUUCGCGAUCGAACCCAGCCCUGGUCGUGGUGCUCCUCGCCUCUCUCUGUCGCGGUUCUGCUCAGCCUUAUCUUCUCAAACCCAGCCCUGGUAGUGGUGCUGCUCGCCUCUCUCUGUCACGGGUUCUGCUCAGCCUCAUCUUCUCGAACCCAGCCCUGGUCGUGGUGCUGCUCGCCUCUCUCUGUGUCGCGGUUCUGCUCGCCUCUCAUCCCACAUCUGGCAUCAAGAUCAUUUUCUAUUACUUUCUAGAUGGUGAUUAGUCAUAGGUGCUGCUGAGUAGUUGGGGAGCAGGUGUUUGCUCAUCCUCUUCACUCUUUGACCAUCUCUCAAGAGCUAAGCUUCUUUGUUUUUCUUUUAUCAAAACCAUGUGUUCUUGAAGCUUUCUGGUGGAGGCUCUAUGUGAUGAAGCAAGGUUCUGGGGAGCAUUUGGGUUCUAUGCCGUAUUAACUUUGGUUUAUCUUGUAGCUGGGUUGACUAGAGGUUUUCUGACUUUUUUAAUAUCUGCAUUCAUGCUUCCUGCAUGGGUAUCCUACUGCUUAUCAGUCAAAUCCUUUGGACGCCAAUAACUCAGAUCAACUAUGUUUUACAUAUUACCACUAGUUCUAUGCCUUGCCUAUACUGUUUAUUUUGGCGGCUUUCUUGUCCAGUUUCUAAUAGAGAAGAUGAGCAUGAUGGGUUCUCUUCCUCCUCCAUAUGGGCACUAUGUUCCUGAUGUCAUUGUGUCUGCGUUAGUUGUUGUUGUAACUGGUUGGUCCAUGGGUCCUCUAUUGCCCAUUUGUGGGCAGUGGCUAGCCAGGUCAUCCAUCUUGCAAUUUCUGCUGCAUCUCAGUGUGUCUGCUUUGGCAUUAUCAUCUCAGUUCUUUCCUUAUGCCAUGUCUGCACCGAAGAGGAUUGUUUUUCAGCAUACUUUCCAUAAUGAAGGCACAAAUAGGAUUGUGGAAUCCACAUAUGAUUUUGCUGUUACUGAUUCCAAUUCAUUACUUUUCCUUUUCAAAAAUGCACCUGAGUUGGCAAAGGAAUUGAAUGUUUCUUCCGAAUUUUCAUUUGAAUUAACAUCGCUUUCUAAACGCCAAGAUUGGAUGUCAGUUUUCUCUGUAAAAAGUGCUUGUAAGUUCCCUGCAAAAAGUGAUGAUAUUUUGAAGCAGUAUGAAUUCUUUCCCAUGUUAUCUGUUCAGAAUCAACACUUAAAUUCUGAAAAGGGACCAAGGAGAGUCCACUUGGAGCUCUAUUUAGGAUUUAUGGUGAAGAUGAAUGGUCAUUUGGAUUCUGGGAGCAAGAAGAAGAAGCCUUAUUCUGAUAAAGUUGCUAAGCUUAAAGCGCAGAAUAUGAGAAGGCUAUGGAAAAUUAUAAUGCUGCUGAAGCAGGAGGAGAAAAGGGAGAAGGAGAAGGAGAGCAUGAAGAGGGCUGAUGAAAAAUAUGAUAAGGAAGAAGCUGCGGCCAGUGAAGACGAGGAGUUUUAAAGCAAAUGGUAGCAGGAGUUCUUCCCACAUCAACUUUUUGUUAAUCAUAGUUCUACUGGAUAUCACUUUUUGGUUUUCCAUCCUUCAUAUCUUUGGGAAUAUUACAGUUUUAAUUUAAAUUAUUAUUAUAGCAUGUAAAUAAUUCAUGUAAAUCAAUAAAAAAUCAAUUCUUAUG